CAAUGCUCUGCGUCCGAUUGGCCGGGCCUCGAGACAGACCCGUCCCCCGCCCCCCGCCGCUAUGAGACGGGAUGUGACGUCAUUGGAAAGCGAUGCUUCUCGGGAAACCACAUGUCCCGGCGCUCCCCGCGGUGGGGGUCAAAGGUGAAGCGCAAGAUGGCGGCGGCGGCGGACGCGGAGCAUGGGCCGCCGGAGGAGGCAGUGGAAGAGCAGCGGAGCUUCAAGGACCUGGGUGUAACAGAUGUGCUGUGUGAAACUUGUGACCAGUUGGGAUGGAAGACACCAACUAAAAUUCAAGUUGAGGCUAUUCCUGUGGCUCUCCAAGGCCGGGAUAUCAUCGGGCUAGCAGAGACAGGCUCUGGAAAAACAGGGGCUUUUGCUUUGCCCAUCCUGCAGACACUGCUGGAAACACCCCAACGCCUCUUUGCUCUUGUCCUCACUCCAACCCGAGAGCUCGCCUUCCAGAUCUCAGAGCAGUUUGAAGCUCUUGGAUCCUCCAUUGGUGUCCAAAGUGCGGUUAUUGUGGGUGGAAUUGACAUGAUGUCACAGGCUCUGACCUUAGCCAAGAAGCCGCAUGUUAUAAUUGCAACACCUGGCCGUCUGAUUGACCAUCUGGAGAACACAAAAGGUUUCAACUUGCGAGCUCUUAAGUACCUGGUUAUGGAUGAAGCUGACCGGAUCCUCAACAUGGAUUUUGAGACAGAGGUGGAUAAGAUCCUAAAAGUGAUUCCCCGAGACAGGAAGACAUUCCUCUUUUCUGCCACCAUGACCAAGAAGGUGCAAAAGCUCCAGCGUGCUGCACUGAAGGACCCUGUUAAAUGUGCUGUUUCCUCCAAAUAUCAGACAGUUGAAAAACUGCAGCAGCAUUAUAUUUUCAUCCCCUCCAGAUUCAAGGACAGUUACCUGGUUUAUAUCCUGAAUGAACUGGCUGGGAACUCCUUCAUGAUAUUCUGCAGUACCUGCAACAACACUCAAAGGACAGCUCUCCUGCUCCGCAACUUGGGUUUCACUGCCAUACCCCUCCAUGGACAGAUGAGUCAGAAUAAGCGACUGGGAUCCCUGAACAAGUUCAAGGCAAAGGCCCGUUCCAUUCUGCUGGCUACAGAUGUUGCAAGCAGAGGUCUGGACAUCCCACAUGUGGAUGUGGUGAUAAAUUUUGAUAUUCCCACACAUUCCAAGGAUUACAUUCACCGUGUGGGGAGGACAGCUCGAGCUGGGCGGUCUGGCAAAUCCAUCACCUUUGUCACUCAGUAUGAUGUGGAACUAUUCCAGCGCAUUGAGCACCUCAUUGGCAAGAAGCUGCCUGUAUUCCCCACACAGGAGGAGGAGGUCAUGAUGCUAACGGAGCGUGUGGCUGAAGCCCAGAGAUUUGCUCGUAUGGAGUUGCGGGAGCAGGGAGAGAAAAAGAAGCGAUCCCGGGAUGAGGCCAAUGAUGACGAUGACACAGAGGGAGCUACAGGUGUCAGGAACAAGGUGGCUGGUGGAAAAAUGAAGAAAAGGAAAGCCCGUUAGCCAGAUACUUAAACUUCUGUCCCCUUUGAGUUUACAUGGGCUGGGGCGGUACCUACCACAAAGUAGUUCCAUCAAACAUGAACUCCAGAACUACACUUUUAAAUGGCAGGCCAGUUGGAAAGAAAUUUUCCAUCAUGUCUGUGUCUCCAGCACCGUCUUCAGUCAUAGGGUGCAGGUUCACCCUGGUAGUAUGCUAGAACCCGUCCUCCUACUGAGGGUUGGUAUCUGUUCUAAUGCUGGGCUGUAAGAGGGAGUCGUCUCCUGCAGCUGGACUGUCCCCUUGACCUGGAAGCAACAGUCUCCUGGCAAAGCCCAUUUUUAUAGGGAUUACAUGGGACAUGUUGGCCUAUGGACACUUUUUUCCCCCAAUCAUGCUGCAGCCUAUCAUCACUCACCAUCCAAACCUCAGCCAGUGCCUCUUUAUAAGACAAUUGGAAGGAAGAAGAAAACUGAGAAGCACCUUAAAUUUUCCAGGGUAUGCAUAUGAUGCUCCAGGAUAGGAUUCUCGCCUUAAACAGAGACACUCAAGCUGGGGCAAAAACUCCAAAUAUAUUUUGCUCAACCACAAAUCUUUUUACCUUUCUGUGUAUUCUAACUUAUUGUGGCACUUCUGCUAACUUUCAAAGUUCCGUUUUAAGGGGUUUCCCUUCCCUGUAGGUCACCAUCUUCUCCACCCACACCCUUACUGUGACGUCAACUCAGCAUAUGCUGUCACCAUGCUUUCUGUGGCAGCUGUCUGAUGUCCCAUACAUUGCAGUGACUUCAUAUAGUCUACUCCUGCUGAAGGACAAAUGCCAAGAAAAUAGAGAGGCAUGGGCAGACUGAUGUACAUGGCUUUCUAUGCUCCUGUAGUACCUGAGAGCUAACACUAGGGGGCAGUUUUACACAGUCAAGCAGCAAAGCCCUUUAUGCUGGAAGAACAGUAAUUGAUUAUCAGAUGUUCUAUUUCUGGCUCUUCCUCUUUAUCCCAAUAGUGCCUCCUUUGUGUAUUGCUUCUGAGCUUAGUAGAAUAUAAGAAGCAAGAGAACCUCUUUGUAAAAAGUGGAAGAAAGAAUUCAACUUCCUUUUCAAUACACCAGCAGUCUGGUUCUAAUUCCCACAGGUAGUAAACCAGUGCUAAUAUGAGCUGAAAGGGUGCUCUUCAGUUACUUUCUAAAACAACAUACCACCUCCUCAGGCAACUGAAUAAUUCUGCUGUCUGGGUGGUUUACAAAGUGUCUGUUAGAGCUGGUCAGAAACAAGAAUUUCCCUUCCCCUAGAAAUGCAGAUAUUUGGAGGAGGGGGUUCUGAAUGGGAAGGAAAAACCAAAAUUUUGAAAUUUAAAAAUUUCUGAAAUACUGAUUCAGGGCCAGUUUGUAAAUGUUAAAAUGUUAAAUAUUAAAUACAAUUUGUAAAAGUCAGGAAUAGUUAAGGUUAAAGUGUUUAUCAAAAGCAAGUGUUCUAACUUCCUUGUGAAAGUUCAUCAAGAUCAAACACAUUCCUGCAAAAUUUCAGUUUACAAUGUACAGUUUAAAUAACAUUUUCCAACAAUACUGUUGACGAGCUCUAUUGCCUAUAAUACAACCAUACGCCUAAGGUGAUGGUCAUCUGAUGCAAAAUAUUUAUCAUUAACCUUGACUGCCUUACCAGGUAUUUAUCCUAGUCAUUUGCAAUAACAACUUACUGAUACCAAACAUCCAAGCAGCUUCAAAUGGAUGUGCACCACCAAAUUCUUGAGUCCAUUCCCUCCCAAAAGAGUAGAAUGCUAUCAGUUGGUUGAAGCCUGUGGAAGGGUGACAGCUUGUAACUCAUCAGGGCUAGACACAAGAGCGAUGU